CUCACCGACUCCUUGGGUCUCAUAACCCGUGCCAGAGACAAACCGCAAGCUGCGUCACAAGGCAUCCCGGAUCUUCUUGUCCAUCUUACUCGACUUCGAAUACAUCCAUACGCUGGUCAAGCGCGCACAGCAACACCAGCGUAUAUGACUAAUAACUGACAUGCGUCAUGUGCUCGAUCUGACUUGAAUCGUAUUCUCUGUGGAGGAAACCCGAGCUGUAGCUUCCAGCCUAUCACACUCUCUUUGCUUGCCUAACUACGAUUUUUUGCUGCUCGCUUCAGCCGCACAAAUUUCUGCCUGUUUUUUACAGUCGCAAGGAAAUAGUGUGUUAUUGAACCAAAGGUUGAAUAACCAUGGUGGAAGGCAGCGACCCGGACCUGCGAUGAACCAUCAGUAUCAGCUGCUGGACUGAAAAAAACCGAUAAGCAGUCAAGGUGGCCUUGCUCAGGCUCAACAGCACCCAGCCAGCGAGAACAGCUGGAAAGGCUGUCGCUACCACCCAGACGUUGCCAGUUGCCACUACGACAGGCUGACCACUGCACACGUUCAAAGCACACGAGCAUAACAAUACUGGGUGCCGUUUCACGGGGGUACCACAAACCUGAAUCAAAAUGGCCACAAAGACCGACUUCUCAACCCCGGACAUCCCCAUGUCCGAAGCGACAUUCUACUGCUCAGCAUGUACACGCAUCAACGCGCCAGCUUCACUUGUCUUCCGAACUCUACGUAACACCGAGACGUGGAAAGACUGGAACCGCUGGAUCCCUCGUGUCACGAUUACCUAUCAGCCCGACGAAGAAGACGACGCCACACUGGCCGAGGUUGAGGAACUCGUACGCAACACCUCUAUAGCCGUCAGCUACGACUCCGAAAUCACCGACGGUGCCGCCAUACCCUCCCAACAAGCCUCCAGACGAGGUAGCAUGGCGCGCGACGUCAUCGAGGAGUCCCAAGAUCAAGAUGGGCAAGGCAGGAGGAGCUCCCAGGGCCACCUCUUACCACCGGUGACUCGCCAACGACUCGCCAGCAACGCAAGCAGACGUAUGUCGGAGCAGUCGAAUCGUAUGAGCUCAGAAGCCGCUCGCCCCGGUUCGACAAAUGGACUAUCCGGCGCCCAAAAAUACCAAGCCGCACAAGAAGCGCGCAAAGCAUCUCUAGCAGCCGGCGAGACUCCUCCGCCAACCAACAACGCCAUCAUGCUCGAAGCUCCCAACAACCCAUCCAUUCUCAUGCCCGCACCACCCAACACCGCGUCCACCGCACUCGCCGUCUCACACAACAAGGACGCCUCCCGACGCAAGAGCUCGUCUCACCGCCGCCAACUGAACAUCAACGCCCUAUAUGGCGAACCGAGCGUGCGUAUCCAAGUCGGCACGAAGAUGACGUUCCACGUGAAGAUGAAGCUCCCCAAAAGCCAGGAGAUGCGCCAGAUGAACUUUGUGGUCAGCGAGGUGUCGCGGCCAGACGAUCCAUCCGACGAUCCUACGCCGGGCGACAUUGCCCGCACACAGACGCACACGGUCUCCAAGUCCGGCGUGUAUAGACUGGUCUGGGCCGUGGAGAACGCGUAUAACCCGCCGAAAGCGUUUCCGAAAUUCCUCCUGCAGGCGCAGCGGGUGCACGAGAUCAGGCCGAUUGUCAGCGGCGACGGGUCGGAGAUGUGUGAGUACUGGGACUGGGAAGCGCAACGAGGUCUGCUGGCCAAGAAGGUCAAGAAGGAUUAUGCAAAGUAUAUUGAGGAACGGAUGGUCGAAUGGGGAAAGCGGCUCGGUGACUUUUGCGAGAGUAUGGGAGGGGCGGUGGAGAGGAGAGAUUUCAGUGUGAAUUGACAUUUAGGGGACUAAAGUACAGCGACGGCGACGGCGAGGAUGAAGGCGUGGCAGAGUUGGUGGGUGAGGAAGCGUUUUUACAAAGCCCGGUAUACCAAUCUAGGCGAGGGAUAACGACGGGAAAGGCGAUGUCAACAGGAGAGGAUGAAAGUUGUCAUAUGCCAAUCUAAUGACUUUGAAUAUGAUGAUGCAACGGACAACUUUGUCAAAGUCUCAAAUAUCGUGUUCAAUCGAAUAGCAUCAUAAUAAUACAAGCGUUUCUGGCCA